AUGUUUCACGAUUAAUCUCUUUUAUUCCUGCCCCAACCCCUCCCUCUCUCUUUCUCUCCCCCAGUAAGAAAAGAGAUUAAAAACAAAUCUGUCUCGCCAGCAGGGAAUGUAUGAGAUUUAUUUUUUUUCUGUGGGAGGGGGAGGCUAUUGAUGAGAAAAGCUUAAGCAAAUACAGUACGGUAGGACAAUGCCCAGGCAUGAACUUUAAAGGCAACUGACCUUGUCAGCAGAGUUGACACCUAUGCCUGGAGUAGCAGAUUGCUUUAAGCCCACUGUAUAAGCAGACAUCUCUGUCUGUCUUCAUCUGCAGAUUGGAAGUCUUGGAAAAAUGCGAGUUCUUCAGUUGUGGAGGUGUGCAAUUGUAUGGCAGAGGCUUGUUUUCCAGCCAGCUGUAAACAGCUGUGUGCAGCACGUAUGGCUUGUGUGUCUCCUGCCUUCCACAUGACUGCACCCUCCAUCCCUUUUUUGAACUGCUGAGAGAUGUCUGCUGCAUUAUCUCUGGUAUAGCUGCAAGUAUGACUUGACUGAUUUGCAUUCAUGGAUCUUGGAUGAUCUGGUGAACCAUGGAGCUCAAAGUAUGGGUGGAUGGAGUCCAGAGAAUUGUGUGUGGGGUCACCGAAGUCACAACAUGCCAGGAAGUUGUAAUAGCCCUUGCUCAGGCUAUUGGUCGCACCGGGCGGUACACGCUGAUCGAGAAAUGGCGGGACACGGAGAGGCACCUGGCACCGCACGAAAACCCCAUCGUGUCGCUGAACAAGUGGGGGCAGUACGCGAGCGACGUGCAGCUGAUCCUGCGCCGCACCGGGCCCUCUCUGAGCGAGCGGCCGACCUCGGACAGCGUGGCUCGCAUCCCGGAGAGGACUCUGUACCGGCAAAGCUUGCCCCCCCUGGCCAAGCUGAGGCCUCCUGGCGACAAAUCCAUGAAGAGGAGGGAGCCGAAAAGGAAAUCCCUCACCUUCACCGGGGGGGCCAAAGGGUUAAUGGACAUCUUUGGGAAGAGCAAGGAAUCCGAGUUCAAGCAAAAGGUGCUCAACAACUGUAAAACAACAGCGGAUGAGUUGAAGAAGCUGAUCCACCUCCAGACAGAGAAACUUCAGUGCAUUGAGAAGCAGCUGGAGUCCAACGAAGCUGAGAUCCGCUACUGGGAACAAAAGUAUAACUCCAGCCUGGAAGAAGAAAUCCUCAAGCUAGAGCAGAAGAUCAAAAGGAACGAAGUGGAGAUUGAAGAGGAAGAGUUCUGGGAAAAUGAGCUGCAGAUCGAACAGGAGAAUGAAAAGCAGCUGAAGGAGCAGCUGCAGGAGAUGAGGCAGAGGAUCCUGGAGUGCGAGAGCAAGCUGAAGGACUACAUGUCUCAGAUCCACAACAUGGAAAGUGGCCUUGAAGCAGAGAAGUUGCAGCGGGAAGUUCAAGAGUCCCAAGUGAAUGAAGAAGAGGUCAAGGAAAAGAUCGAGAAGGUGAAGGGUGAGAUUGAUAUUCAGGGCCAGCAGAGUCUGAGACUGGAAAAUGGCAUUAAAGCUGUAGAAAGGUCUUUGGGCCAAGCUACCAAACGGUUACAGGACAGGGAACAAGAACUGGAGCAAUUGACAAAGGAGCUGCGACAGGUCAAUCUCCAACAGUUCAUCCAGCAAACAGGAACGAAGGUCACGGUGCUGCCAGCAGACCCCGUUGAGGUGGAGGCCCCACAUGUGGAGCUCGAGAGAGAGCCAGCAUUUCAGUCUGGGUCACUGAAGCGCCCUGGCUCAUCGAGGCAACUCCCCAGUAACCUUCGGAUUCUACAGAAUCCCCUGUCGUCUGGUUUUAACCCGGAGGGCAUUUACGUAUGACAGUACAUACCUCUUCUGGAGAGGACCUAGCAAGGUACCCUGGACAAGAUACACUUUUGUUUUAUUCUGCCAAUGAUGAAUGGAAGAAGAUUUUGUUUGUUUGUUUCUUUAAGCCACCACAUUAUUUUUACUUCUUCCUCUAACACACCACUUGGAGCCAUACCCUGUGCACUGAUGCUGAAGAGACAGAGGAGCUGUCUCGAUUCAUAAUUGGCAAGGAUGACCUUGCUGUCAACACAGCUAGAGUGCAAAAACCUUCAUUUGUUUUUGCCACUUCAGGAGUGUUUGGGAAAGUAUUGUUCCUUGUAUAGGCAUAAAUAAAAGACUGAGGGUGAAGGAAACCAUGUAUGCAACUUACCUGAGGUUUAAUUUAUUCCCUUUAAUCAAUGGACGUGUGAAUGUUGACCUUUUAUAUUUUUAUUUUUAAUUGUGAAUAAUCAUGUAUGGCUGUAUGUCAGUCUGAAAAGGUGACUAUAAAUUGUGUACAAACACCCACCAUUUGAUCAAGUAGAACAACUUGCAAUGCAGAGUUUGGUGGAGUGCUGAACCAUUAAAAUGGUUUCUCACCACUGACUUUGUUAAUUUCUGUUGUAGGUCAUAAUAUGUCAUGUUCCAUCCAUUGCUACCUUUUAAGGCUUGAAAAGUGAGCUUGUGGGAUUUACUUGCUGUUGAAUCUGCCUUGAAUGAAGCACCUAGUGUUCAAAAGAUUUAUGGAAUUUAAACCUUGGCUUGGUAAAAAUAUUUCCAGCAUAUGAUUGCAGAUGCACUAGUUAGAUGAUAUUUUAUUAUAUAGAAUGUAUAUUUGAAAUAUUUUGCCACAUUGUAUAUGCCUUUUGAGAAAAGAACAGUGUAAGAAGUUGUCUUCAUAUAUCUUACCAAAAGAGAGUAGGAGGCUUUCACUGUGUGUGAUUUUGUACUUUAUUUUUUCCACUAGCCAUUACAGUGUUCUUGUUUUGCAGUAAAUCUUGCUGUUGGAGGAGAAAAAACAAACAACCACCAAAAAAACCCAAACCAAAACAAAACAAAACAAAAACAACAAAACAAGUGAGCAAUCCUCUUCCAGCCUUCCAGAAUUCACUCAAGUUUUGUGGAGGGAAGAAACCUGGCAGUCCCAUAAAGUCAACAGCAGAGCAUCUCCUGACUUUAGUGGGGCCAGGAUUUCGUUCUGGGUCCCCAGUGUUCAGUGGUUAGACGUUUAGCCCCUUUGCAAGACAUACUGCUGCUCAGUCACAGAAUAUAAAGCUUACAAACAGGAAAUUCAUACAUUUGAUAGUAAUUUUUUUAGAAAACGUGAAAAAAGAACAUUAUUGUAUCUUGAUGUCACUGAAUGCAGUCAAAGCGAAGCAAGAAUUAGACAAAAUGACUUCCAUGCAGAAAGGAAGAUGCUACCAAGUAGCAUGUUGGUUACAGGCCUUGAACAGAGAGAUUGCUAAAGGGGACACUAAGUUUGUCGAGAGGUGACUGGCCUCAGUGGGACACUGUAGGUUAGGAGGCUGGCCUCGUGGGGGAGUUAGAGGAGGGGUUGGGCCUUACCUACUUGCAUUUGGAUUUCCUGUUCUAACAGCAACUCAUACCAGCAUCCACACUUCUGAGAUCCCCUUGACGUGAGGGGAGUCACUGUGCUUUCACUGCAGUAUUGAAUACCUGGACUCCAGUCAGUGGCAAAAUGACAGAACUCCUGAUGCCUUUGGUAGGGUCAGGAUUUUACCACUGGUAGGGAACUCCAAGCUUUUUGCCAUAUAAAAUACUUAAGAAUCCUUAACUCCGAGCAUCCUCCAGUGUUGAUUUACUGAUGUGCAGAUAAAUGUUAAUUUAAGUUUGGUUUUUGUUUUUUGUUCUUUUUUUUAAAAGAAGCUUCCUGACAAAUGGAAGUUUUGUAAGAUACAGUAGAAGAUGAAGGACUCUUGAGUGUUUAAUGCUUUUUUUUUUUCCCCUUUCCACUUACUAAUGGCAACAUAUAUUCUAAAAAUGCUGCUGUAUUUAGACUAACAGCAACAGAUAAGGCUGUGAAUAUAUAAAGGACCUUUCCAAAUGGACUCUGAAUUUUUACUGUUUAACUUAUCAGGUCUUUUUUUUUUUUUUUUUUUUCUAUUUCUUUCUUCCCCUUGUGAGCAAACUGGAAAAUGAGAUGUUCCUACCUGAGGAAUCUUUGCAGUGCUCACAGAUUUUACUGUUAGCUUAUCACAAUUCUGUGCUCAUGUUUACUGUGCCCAUAACUUUGUAUUAAAAAAAAAAGAAAUAAAUGUGUGUAUAUAUAUAUAUAUUAAAAAGUGUAAAAUAUACAUAGUUUGGGGACAAUAUCUGUCCAAGGUACUUGAGCAUAUAUGCCUUACAUUCUGGGUUCAAUUUACAGAAAUAAAUGGCCCUCUCCAGUGGAUAUCUUGCAUCUUCAGCACCUCUUGAUGUUAGAGAACUGAGGCACUCAGCACCUUGCAAAGUCUGGCCCAAAUUAUGCUGCAUGGGAGUAGGGAGGAAACAAGGAAAAGCCUGUGGCAAUUUCAGUCUUGUACUGAGAUGAAGUACUUUUAAGGCAGAUCAGCAUGCUUACCUAGCUAAUGUUUUUGUCAUACUUUGUGACUGGUCCAUCUCCCACAGAUGUCAGUUUGAGCUGAAUUAGGCUCUUGCACCAUAAAAACUGCCCUCUUUCUCUGCCGGGUUAUUCUUUAAGAUGGAGGGAGGAGAAAAAGGAUUAAAAGGAAGAGUAAGAGCAGCUUUGGAGGGCUUAACUUAUGGCUUUGUAAUAGAAUCAAGGAAGAAAUUUGCCAUUUAAGUUAAAAAAUAGCACCUGCUGACUGCAGCAGCUGUUUGACAGAGGGGCCAGCCUGGAGCUGGCUGAGGAGCGGCCACUGCAUCACCACAGAGUGGACCCUCCUUGUCAGGGCUUCAGCAUAUGUCAAGAAGAUCUGAAAAAUGUUUACAGUUUCAGCCACUGCUGUGGCAAAGGAGAGGCUUUGGUAUCCAAACUUGUCAUUUGUGAGACACUGACAAAUUCCUCUGCCCCCACCAUACUCCUCUUGCUUAUUGCAUUUCACCCAGGCUGAAGUUCUGUAGCAUUUUCACCCUCUCUGUAAAUAAACCAAAAAAAAAAAAAAAAAAAAAAAGCAUGCCCUUGCAUUAAAUGUGAAAUGAACAAUGUAUUACAGUGAUAAAAAUUCUUCACACUGGCAUUAAGAUUUUUGCUUCUGAUCAACUGCAGAACCUCACUCUUUCUUUACAAAUGUAGAAAAAUUCCUUUUCGGAAGUGUUUCAAACCUACUUAUGGGGCAUUAGCAGAAAGGAAGCUACAUUGGCUAAUUUUAACAAGUGCCAUAUUAUUUACUGGGCAGCAUGAUAAAAAUGGGUUUUUUUGCUUGCGUUAAAUAGUUGAAUACACAAGCACUAUUUUCCAGUGCAUGGGGAAUUUAUAUGGAGGACUCCUGUAAUUUAUUACUAAUGGAAAUUAACUGUGUUGCCUCUGUCAUCCAUGAGGAUACAGUUCAUUUUUGCUGGUGAUGCUAUGUUGUUAGGGGAGAGGAUGGGGGCUUGACCAUUUGAAAAGCCAAUAGGUUAAGGCCAAGGUAAACAUUCUGAAUGCCCGAGCAUGGAAGAAACCCAAGUCCCACUGAGAAGUCAGCUAGGAACCUGCCUCCCGUUAUCUUUCAGUGGGACUUAGGUUCCCAAGUGCCUGAAUUGCUUCUGGGAAUGGUAUGUUUGCUUUGAGAUUACUUCCUUUCUAAACCCGAGCAAGUUGGAAGGAAGUUCUUGAAGAAGAGAGCUACCACUAGCGUUGGCAAUGUGCAAACAUACUUUCAUUGUGAAGUAAGAGAGAAAAGACUGUGUAGUGAAAUAAAACUCUCCUCUUGGGGCAAUAAUUGCCUUGGUUUUAGCGUGAAGAGUAUUGCGUUGUUUUAGUGAACUGGGAUUGUAUGAGCAAAAAAAUUCUUACAAUUUUUAGUGAGUUAUCUUAAAGCAUAUAAAUUCCUGAUGUGCAUUAACUUGGGUGAAUUGGGCCUUAAUGAUCCAUGUAAAUAACAAACCUGUAUUCAGAUAUUUUUUUUCUUCCAGAAAAUAGUCUCUAAUGGUCUGUACUGUAUUAAAAUAAGUGUCAAAGUGUUACUUUUAUAUUACACCUUUUUUUUUUUUUAAGGACAUUGAAACAUGCAUGUUUAUUCUAUUUGCUACAGUAUUUUAAUGUUUUGGAUGAAGGCCAUCGGUUGUAUGGAGAUGACAAAACAAUCAUUCUGUCUAUUUAUUCAGUAUUGCUGCUUAAAGUUUUCAAAAUAAAGCUUUCAAUGCCAA